AUGAGUGAAGUGGCUGCCUCCACCUCAGCACCUGUACGUCCGGCAGCUGCUGAAGAGGCUGCAGGUGGGAACACUACGGAGGAAGAGGAUGGGGCACCAAACCCUCGGGAGGUGCGAUGUAGUGACUGCAUUGUAUGGAACAGGCAGCAAACGUGGCUAUGUGUAGUGCCUCUCUUAAUUGGAUUCAUUGGCUUGGGUUUGAGUCUGAUGCUUCUAAAAUGGAUCGUGGUGGGAUCUGUAAAGGAUUAUGUCCCUACUGAUUUAAUAGAUUCCAAGGGUAUUGGACAGGACCCGAUUUUCCUUUCAAAACCAAGCUCUUUUCCAAAAAGUAUGGAGACUACAACUACUACAACCACCACCAGGACUCCCAAUCAAAUUAGCACCCGUUUAACUACUACGACAAGGGCGCCCACUCGCGUCCCAGGAAGUAGAGUACCUAGCCGGGUAAACUCUAGAACCACAACGGUGCGCCAUGCAGUCGCCACUCCUACAAUUAUCUCCACCACUGCCCCCCUUAGCACGACCACGUUUGUUUCACGCCCACUUCCAGGGACCCCAACCACCCAGCCAAUGCCCAUCUGGCCCACUGCGGAAUAUUCUACCUCUUCUUACAAAAUUUAUCUUCAUGUUUCCACCCAGUCCUGGACACAAUCUCGUUUUCAGGAGUCUACCACUACCACCAACCCAGAAACUACCACUAUGCCCAAAUAUCAUACUACCACCUACAUUACGGAGAGGUCUGAGCACUUUAAACCCUGCAAGGAUAAAGAUCUUGCCUACUGUUUAAAUGACGGUGAAUGCUUUGUUAUUGAAACAUUGACAGCAUCUCAUAAACAUUGUCGGUGCAAAGAGGGCUACCAUGGUGUACGAUGUGACCAGUUCUUACCGAAAACUGAUUCUGUACUAUCUGACCCAACAGACCAUUUAGGAAUAGAAUUUAUGGAGAGUGAAGAGGUAUACCAGCAGCAGAUCCUGUCAAUCUCUUGUAUCAUCUUCGGCAUUGUAUCUGUGGGCUUGAUUUGUGCCGCAUUCUACUGCAAGACAAAAAGGCAAACAAAAAUAAUUCAAGAGCAGUUGAAAGAUGCACAAAAUGGAAAAAGCUAUAGUCUCCACGCAUCUGGUUUGUUAUCAAAAGCAAAGAACUUUGGAGAAAGUAGAUUUCAACUGCAUAGUUAUUCAAAAUCUGACCACAAUCAAGAGCCUAUAAGAGAAAAUGUAAUGGAGUCCAGUUUUUCAGAAACACCACCCUUCUCAGACAGGACAGCAUCAGACAGAGGAAGUCAGCCAAUAAAGCAUCAUAGGAGCCUUUCUACAUGUUGCAGCCCCAGCCAAAGGAGUAGGAUGCUGCAGAGAAAUGCCUUUCGGAGAACUCCACCACUGCCCAGGGGUCGCCUCAAUGGGAUUACAGGACCAGCAUAUCAGCAGCUGGAGGAGCCUGGACUUAUAGAUCAGGACACAAUACCUUGUCAAGGGUGCUCCUCCACUGAUUUGACUCAACCACAGAAUAGUUCAAUAAAUAUGCAACUGCGUUCAAAAGAAACACAAUCCUAUUUUAAUAAAAUGGAUCAAAAGGACCGUGGCAGUUUUUCAACAUCUAGGGCCUGCUCUAUUCCAAUUAUACCCUCCAUGGAGCUAGAUGAUGCCUGUCUGCAAAUGCAGAAUGUUUCUGGAGUUUCGGGCAUCAAACUGUGCAAAAACUCCUAUUCCAGUGAACUUGUGAAGGUGAACAUUACACCUAGCAACUGUCUUAUAGCAGAGCAAAAAGAAGUCAAAAUUUUGCUUGACACUGUACAAGAGCAGAUACAAAUUCUGGCCAAUGCAAGAAGAAGGUCAGAGGACAUGGAAAUCAGCUGUCUAGAGACGGAGGAAAGUGCCAGUGAAAAUACAGCUUUCCUGCCCCUGAGCCCAAAAGCAAAAAUUGACCCAGAGGCACAAUUUGUUUUAAGAAAUGAAAUGCAUAGGGACUCAAUGCUCCAUGUGUGA